AUUGCUGUGACUAUUUUGGGCUAACUUGAUGCUGGUCCUCUGUUGAAUGAAUGACAUCAUGCGGGCUGCUGCCUGUGUCCAUCUGCGACAUGCCACCGUCAGACAGUAACGGUUAGACGUUUAUUCGCAGUCUGCCGUUAAACUACACUCGGUGCAGAGUGAUGCAGCAGAAGUUGUGUUCCAGAGGUUCUGGUUCCUUCCUCUUAGAGAGGAACGGCCAGGCCUGUGGCGCCAUCACCGACCCCAUCACCUCCUGUGACCUCCCCUUCCGCUGCCCCCGCUGCGGUGAGCAGGAGCGUUUCCGCAGCCUGGCCUCACUCCGCGCCCACCUGGAGUACCGCCACUCUUACCGCUCGCCGGAUGUGAUCACCGGCGGCUUCAGCAUCACCGGUAAACUCCCUGACCCCUUGACGGCGGCGAUCCCCUGGCACGACAUGAGCCUCCCGACUCGCAGGGGCCAGCAGAGCGCGGGGCGGCCGCCUCACGCCCGCUCCCUCAGCGACAGCAGGGACAGCGGAUACCUCCACUCGUACAGUUCUGUGAGGAGGCGCACCCAGAGCGUCGGGGUGGGGACGCAGGCCGAGGAGGAGGAAGAGGAAGAUGAAGAGGAGGGAGGCACAGAGGAUGAAGAUGCAGGAGAAGAGGAUGAGGAGGAAGACAAUGGCCAAGAGAGAGAUGGAGGUAGAAAUGAGGAAGAUAACAAAACAAAAAAGUCCGAUGCAGGCUACCAUCACCUCAACCACCAUCACUUCCCGUUCCCUCCACUGGCUCCUCUUGGCCCCCCGCCAGACCUGGACCUGGACCUGGACCUGGAUCUGGAUCUUGUCGAGCAGAAUUCGUACUCUGGUUUGGAGACGGCGGCGGCCUCAGCUGCGGUGCGCCGGCGACUGGCCAGCAUCCUGCGGGCGGCGGACAGCACCAUGCAGCGCCGUCUGGCCAAGGUGAGCACGGAGCUGGCCCAGACCGACACGGAGCUCCUGUGUGAGCGCGCUCACUCGCAGCACCUGGCCCAGGAGAGGCAGGAGGUCGCGGAACGGGAGAGGUCGUUGAGCCGGCAGGUGGACGUGGCUGUCAUGGUGAUCGCCGCGCUGAGGGAGCAGCUCAACGCCUCGGAGAAUGAACUGGAACGACGAGAGAGGGAGGUGAUAACAAUCCAGAAGUUUCUGGAAGCAGCAGCUAGACAGGAGACUUGCGGCAAAGUUCGAAUCCAGCACUUCAUUGAGAACCUGCUGAGACGCAUCGCUCUGGCCGAGAGAUUGGUGGAGUAUUACCAGGUUAACGGCAGUCCGCUACAGUGCAACCACUACAAGCACCAGCAGCCAACUGAUAAUGGACCUCACAGAAUUACUAAAAGCAGGUCAGCAGGAGGUCAGCUGUCCUCGUCUGGACUCCAUGACAGCAGGUCCCAGUCCUCCUCCCAGUUUGGUAGCCGUCCUCCAUUCUCCAAACCAGGCGGGGAACGAGACCGGGAACGGGAGCGCCGGGAGCGGCUGGCCCAGUCGUCCAGGCUGUUCUGCCGACCCGAACACAGAGACGACAUCUGGAACCACCAGCGCCGCCGCUCCACCGGGUACGAGGCCUAGAACUGUAGGGACACACCGGGGAGAGGGGAUGUCAGUGGGUAAAACCUUAUUAUACAAUGACUUUAUUCCAGUUUGAUAACCUGUGGAAAAGUACUGCAAGGUCACAUCCACCACAUCAGUCUUCUUUGGAGUAGUUACAUUAAGCAGUUCCUCUUCAGUAUAAUAAAACUUAAAUUAAUUAAGUGUCUUUAUGACAGUGCUUUAUACUGAAAUAACUCACAGAGCUCAAAUCAGAUUUGUUUUGACCACAAACCUUUUGCCUACAAGAAGGUUGCCUUGCCUACACUCUUUUUUCAAAUGGCACGUUUAAGUUUCUUAGUAGGUAUGGAACUGAAAAUUAAAUAGUCAUUUAUGAAAUCUUUUUUUGAAAUGACAUGCAAAUCUGAAAUUUUCAACAAAAUGUAAGUGACUCUCUGCAUACACUGUACAAGAUGCAACAAUUAGAGUAUUCAUCGAAUUGCAGCUACUAUGAGAAUCACUUAAGUCAUUUUUUCAGCACAAGGUUAAUCUAAACUAUAAAUCAAAAACUCUUAUAAAUGACUGCUGCUUGGUUUUGGGCAGUUUGAUCCCCAGUAGAGAGAAUAAAUACAAAAAUAGAACAAAACUAACUUUUCCAUUUUGUUUCAAACUGAAGAAAACACAUUAGAGAUCACAGUACAUAACACUGCAUAACAGGGUUUAAGAACAAUAUGCAAUAAUAAAUAUUACUGCUCGAUGUAUUCAAAUACAUAACGGUAUAUAUUGUGAUGGUUUUUUAUCACCAACACUGUCGUAUUGUGUAUUUUGUACUUUUCCAUAGAUUAUUUUACUGAAAUAAACGGUUAUAAAUAGUUACACUGGGUGCUUUUCAGUGGGAUGUGAGUGUUCAAACAUAUAAAUGAAUGUCAGCUUCUAGUCUUUUGUCUAAUUAGACAGCACAAAUCAUAGUAUUUAUCUCAGUAUAAUAGAUAGUCUCAGUCUUUAGUAUUACUUCUGUUCUGAAUUCUUUACUCAAUUUUAGAGAAACUUCAGGUAAAAAUGUGCUUUUGUAUGAGUUUACUUAUUUAAGAUUUAAUGACAGCUGAGGUCUGAUCAUGGAAAUCCUCCUGAAUCAGAUGGCUUGAGUAUAAGUAGGUCCCAGUGAUGCUGAUGACACGUCCUCUCCUCUGGUCGAACCUUUGCAUCUCGGCCUGGUUUCCCAAAAACUCCUGAUCAGUCCAGUUAUCUUCUCUCUGUCUGUGCUUUUAAGGCCAAAUGGCAGCAACUAUUGCCAGUGAUCACCUUUACUAGUUGACACAGUUCAUCAGUUGACCCCUCGUCUGAAUAAUAUAUGUUCAACAUUAGCUUAGCAUCCACAGCUAAGCACAGCCGGUCUGUCAAGCUUUGGAUUUCUCUGCACGUUGAAGCGGCGGCAGUCUUAAGAUCCGCUGUGAUAGGAAACUGAACUUCACUUCAGAGCAGGCAGGUCAUAUUGUCUGCAUUUUCCAGACUCCAUAUACUCCAGAUGCAUAUUUUUCUUACUUUAUUCUCACUUUCUGUUCAUAAUAGAAUUGCACAAAGAAAUGCUACCUUUCUGUCAGCACUGAGAACACAGCUGUCUUGUCUGAUUAAGUUUACUGAAAUUGUUGCAGGACAAAACUGACCACGUGUCCCGUGGCUACGUUAAGUCAAAAAAACACAGUCUGUCUGGCUUAAUGUAAACUGCAAUCAUUAACAUGUCUGGUUUGCUAGCUUUCCACCUACAUUAGGGAUUACUGUUUGAAAACAUAAACAUGUAUGUGAGCUAAGCAGCCCGACAUUGUUUUUAACCAGCGUAUGUUAGCCUAAUUAGCUUGGUAGCUACAGGUGAUAAAAUCUGCCAGAAACGGUAAAGAAAUCACUGAAGUCAGAAGUCUUUUGUCUACCUCUGUCUGAAAUUAAGGAUGCAUUGUUUAGACAUGUAAUAAUUUAUUUAUUUGAUAAUCUUGGAGUGAUAAAUCUGCCCCUGUUACCAGUGUUAACUGCACUGUACAGUGCAAAAAUGGAGAGCUUGACGGGCAUGGUGAACUGUCAAUAAACUGCACUAAGAGAGUGCUGUUUCCACCUUGUGAAGCAGAUUCCAACAUCAGACCCUCACCACCUGCACCACCACCAGCAUCAAGACUCCCUCCAAAAUAAUGGUGAAGCUGGGGGAUUAAAUUAUUGACUGAUUACUGGUUCAUCCUCAUUGAUUGAGUCAUUGUGCCAAAAAAUAAUACACACCAUCAGAAUACUUUAUACCUUUUUUUGAUUGAAAUAUUGUUUGUUUUGUAACGUCCUCCACCAACAGACAGACAAUUCUGCCACCAGUUUCUCAGAGCAUUUUUGCAGAAGUGUAGCAGAUGUUGAUUUAGAUUUGGUGCAUCACCCUGUAAGGGGGAGGCUGUGGAUAUCUUUUGGUGCGUCUUUUCCCCAUCAGAAAUGCAUUAUCUGGCCAAUGGGGCAGUUUAAAAACUAUUAUUGUCUUAGGUUUGAAUGUGUUUCACACUUUUUCAUAUAAUAUUUCAAACCCAUAAACAGACAUAUUGUCACAUAUGCACAACAAAGGUGACCCUAUUCAUGGAUUUUAAAAUGUAACCCUAAUCGUUAGCUGUACAUAUAGUGGUAAUUAAUAAUGGGAACUUUUUUUUUAGGGGAUCAUUUUUUUAGCUGACAUGUUGUUAUGUGUUACCCUCGCAGCUCUGAUUUGGUUUAUAAAGCACAGACAAGAGACUGAUGACACCAGACCUGGGUCAUAUACAGUCUGCAUAUUAUUCUUGGCUUUUGUUUGAACUUGCUUCAGAUGACAGAUGGUGGGCUUCUCUACAUUAGGACCAUUUCAGAGACUUUCUGGUAAUUGUAUAUAGAGAGAAAUGUUGGAUAUGUUGACUUGAAAAUACUUAUGAUUUUUAUUUUUCCUUGCAGUAGUGGUCCUGCUGUAUGGAGCUAGCCAUCCACCAGUCUGUCACCAAGGCAGGCUUAAACCAGAGAUGUAGUGGAGGGUAAACCCAGAUGUGCACUAGUUAACCCACUUUUCAGCCUUUCUUUAAAGGAGCAGUACAACUUUUUUUUUGGAAGAACACUUGUUUUCUACCUUAGCCAGAGUCAGUUGAGACAAUAGAUAUCUGUUUCAUGUCUCUGUGUUCAGAACAAAGAGCGGUUCAGGAUGUGUUAGCCUAGCUUAGCACAAAGACUGGAUGAAGGGGGAAUCUGCUAGCCUAGCACCAUCAAGAUACACCUUCUAACAACUGUCAAGCUCUCUGAUAUACCCAUAGUUGUGAAGACCAGCACACAUUUCCACAGAUUAAAGGAUAAGUUCUGUAUUUUUAUUCUUGUCAACAAAUCUCACAAAAAGCCCAGAAACCAAAAUGAAAGUCUCCUACAAACAAUAGUGUGUGUGUGUGUGUGUGUGUGUGUGUGUGUGUGUGUAUCAAAGCCUGAAUAAGAUUUAUCAGAGCUCCAGAAACUAUUACAACACAUCAGUGAGCCACACUGUUGGCUCACAUGUUCCUUCAUUGCCAUGAGCACACACACUGUAGUUUAUUUUGACUCAGUCCAACAUACACUGUCCUGCUGCCCCAAAUACUACAGUCUCAAAUUUUUGAUCAUGAAACUACAUAUUUGUGCACUGUUUUUAAAUAUUUACAUCUUCAGUGUGAACCAAAAGGCUUGGGAUACUUGGUUUUGGUCUUUUUUGGGGAAUUUGUAACAAAAAAAAAUAGAAUAACACCAGACUUAUCCUUUAAUUAAAGCUUAAAUCAGCCUACCCUGAUGCCAGUCUUUGUGCUAAAAAAGUUGAGACGUUUUACUCUCCACGACAUUGCCAGAUAAAAUAAGCCAUGUACAUGCAGGAGCAGCUUGGCCCAGCUCUGGAGGGACACCACACAUAUAACGAAUGUACUCCGAGUUAAUGUAUAGCUCACAACUGAAGAGAUGCAGUGUUUUAAGACCUGACUUUUAUCUCGCUCAGGCUUAAACUCGCACUCAUUCACACAGAAACGGGUGGAGAUUCUCCGAUCACAAACGAAUGACGUCGUUAUCAACGCUUUCAUCCAAAGUGACUUACAGUGCCGUGAAUGCAUACAGUACAUUUGCAGUAAACUAAACAACUCAUGACAGCUUGUUUAUAGAAUCAUUCCUCUCUCUCUUUGCAUCGUUCCGUACGAUCUGUUUACAUGUCAUUUUUGCACUCAUUCAGUCAUAAGAAUGUAUAUGUAAAAGAUGGUAUUCAGUGUAAAAUGUAUCUUUACCGUCAUUGGUUUAGGUUUUGUUGACAGUGUUAAUAGAUAUUUUGUAUACAAAGCUAUUAUGUGUCGUCAAGUGGAAGUAGUAGUCCCACAGUACUUAAACUUGGCAGAACAUUUAUCUGGGUCACAAACACAAAUAAUAUCUUUUUUUUAAUUUUCAACAGGGUGUCUGCAGGUCCUGGAAAGGUUUUAAAAUUCCUUGAAUUAUGUUAUAUAAAUUCAAGGCCUUCAAGUAUUUGACUUGAAUACAGUUACAUAAUACAGAAUUCAAAAUCCUUGACGCACAUCUUGGUGUUUUAUUCUUCUGCUGAGAGACAGACACUCUUCUGAUGCUUCACCAUUAUGUUUUUUUUGUUUUGUUUUGUUUGUUUGUUUUAAAUUUCUAGUUUUUUGAAGUUAGUUUACUUUAUUUACAUUUCUAAUUGGAAUUAAUGAGGUGAUAAAAAAGUUUUAAAUAUAAGUGAAUAAAGCUUGCAGGCACCCGUUUUAAAGGCUUGACCAGCAGUGGUAUCAACAAUGAUUUGUUCCAAAUUUAGCGGAAGUUGCCAAUAUUUUUAAGCCAGAUGCUGUACUGUAUUUUUUUCCACCAGUUAAACAAAUGAAGUCAGAUUGAAAUAUUAGAAAUUCAGUAAUAUUAUAUGUUAAAUGGAAUAUAUAUGGAAUAUAAAGCAAAAAAGGCAUUAGCAGUUUUUAAUGGCUUCAGGGCCCUAAAAUGCUUAGGGUAAACUUCAGUAGGGUUUCAUCAGAUCCACCCUCCUCUGCUUCUCACCACAUGAAAACCUGAUCUAGAUAAAUUUGGACAAAUUUCCCACUGAGUAUCCCAGAGAUCUGUGUGUGAUUAGACUUCUGAAUCCUCUAGCACUUUGUGAAUUUAGAUAGUGGUGAUGUUAGCCCAAGUGUGUCUGCUGCUGUCAAUUAAAAAAACAGUUUCUGUUCUAGAAAAACAGAUACACAGAGUUGUAUCAACAGUGAAAACAGUGAACAGUUUUUGUUGUCAGCUACAUGAGUCACAAAGCUCGAUCAGUUUUUAUUAUGUAAUGUAAAUGAGACACCAGGUUUCUCUAAUCUCCUACCCCCAUUUGCAGAAACCAAGUGUCUUAUUUACAUUACAUGAUAAAACCUAUAUAAAACCUGUAACCAUCGAAAUCCGAGUUGUGGGGUUUUUAUUGAAGCAGCAGCAUAGCUCUUGAAAGAUGCGGGUGUGGAGGAGUGUGUGUAGUGCUUCAGGUUUGUGUCUGGUGAACUGCUUCCUGUUGUGAGUUUCUGGUGCUCAGUCAUUGGAAGGUGGUAGAAGAUGCAUGAUGCAGCCCUACUACUACUACUACAUAUGUAGCUAUUGUGUUACUGUGAAAGCAUGCUUCAUAUGUAGCAAAAAAAAAGCAAAGUACUUAUAAAAUACUGUUAUCUUGUACUAUUAUGUGUACUUUUGUAGCAGAGCGAGGUCUAUUUUAAUGGAAUUUGAAGGAGAGUUGCACUAAACCGACUGAGAGCACUUAGCUUUGAGCCGUUGGAUUUCAUGUGAAGGGAUGUGUUGUAUGCUGGACAAUCAGCAGGGUUCGUGCACAGGUUUGGAAAAGUCUUGAAAAUAGAUUUUAUUACUUCUGUGUUCCGAGAUGUUUUGGGAAAAUGUGCAAAGAGCUCUGAAACUGAGAGAAAAAAAGGCUGAGAAGCAAGUAUUCUAACUGGAGUUAAUGUUUGUUUGAUUAUGACACUACUACCUUUAUUGCCGUGAGUCUUUAGAGAUAAAGUUAGUUUUAUGUUGUGUAAAACUGUUUCCGCGGCCAAGUUUAAUAUCUUUGAGUUCAUCAUGUUUGUCUGUAGGGAUUUCGUUUGCAGAAGUAAUCUCUAGUUUUGUGCCUUCACUCAAAAACUCUGUAGUCUGUAUAACACUGUGCAAAAUGCAAUACUGUGAAGACCUGGAAUACUUUUUAUGUUGAAACUUGUUGGUCUGUGUGAUAACCAUUGAUGAUUAAAGAACAAAUAUGACACCAAGA